CCUCCACAUCAGAUCCCCCACCACCUGCGUCAGAAAGUAAUCACCAAUACACUGCAGGAACUGCCUGGACCUUGUGUGCCUGGCUUUGUUACUUUGCCAACAAAUAUCAGGAUGGUUGAAGUCCCCCAUAAGAACGAGUGCCGGGGGUGGCAAGGCUACUUCCAGCUGUUUGUAAAAGGCCUCAUCCACUUCCUCCUCCUGAUCAGGUGGCCUGUAGCACACACCCACAACAGUGUCACCUAUGUUAGCCCGUCCCUUAAUUCUUACCCACAAGCUAUCCACUUCUUCAUCAUCCCCCCCCCCCCACCCCCCCCUCCCACAGUGGAGCUCAAUGCAUUCUAGCAGUUUCUCACAUAAAGAGCAAGUCCCCCACCUCACCUUGCCUUGCCACCCACAACAGCAUGCCACUUGUGUGAGCUGUCCCACCAUGUCUCUGGGAUUGCAAUGAGAUCACAUCCUUGUAAGCACGCACGGAUCUCUAGUUCUUUUUGUUUAUUCCCCAUGUGGUGUGCAUUGCUAUACGGGCACUGUAGGGAAGCAGAGGGUGCAGGUAUCUCUAGAGGGAUGCAGGAAGGUUUAAGCCGGGCUCUUGGCAAUGUUAUUUUCUCUGAACAGUCCUCGCAACUACUGGAAUCCUACUGGACAACUGGGAGGUUUUUCUACACAGUUUACUAAAAAAGACAGCAUUCCCAGGCCCUUCUCUGUCACAAGGAACUCCAUCCCCUUCCUCCAUCAAGUCUUGUUUAACGCUCUGGUAAGCAGCCCAGCCAGCUUGCUCACCAGAGCACUUUGGCCCCAGCUACUCAGUCGCAUUCCGUCUCAUGCUCACACCUGGUCUCUCAAAGCCGUGCCCAAGAUCAGGGUACACAAAACCUCGAUCCCGACACCAUCCCCUCAGCCAGUAAUUUACCUCCUCUGUCCUCCUCCUUCCUUCUGGGACCCAGUCACCAGUCAGGAGGACAGAGGAGAACCCUCCUGGGAGCUCAGGAGGACAGAGGGGAACAGUCCUGGCUCUCCCGAUCCCUUUAGCGUCUUUCCAAGGGAUGCAAAGUCCCUUUCUGAUGUUCUGCCAUUUUCUCAUGGCAUCCUCCCAUGACCCUACUUGAAUGACAGCAAGUGGACGGUGGUCUUGUUUGAUCACAUGUGGUGGAGUCUCCUUAACGUCUCUGACACGUGCCCCCACAAGGCAGCAAAGCUCUCUGGAGAGGUUGUCUGGGCAGCAAAUGGGGGCUGCAGUGCCUCCUUGUAUGGAGUCCCCAGUCACUAAGACAAUGCUGAGCAAUGGCACCUGGCAGCUGCUGCCUGGCAGGGGCUCUCCCUCACCCCAUCACCUGAGGUGAUUCCCUGAUCCAGCACAGAACACGUCCACCCCAGAGCUGAGUGCGUCACAAAAACGUGCUGUGUUCUGGGGCCUGCAAGGUUGCCCUGCAUGCUGGCUGGUCCCUAGCCCAGGGCACGUCAUUCUCUGUGAGGUGACACUCCUCGCUGUGAUGUCACAGUGGCUGCCUCUUCCACCCCUGUGGCAGCGGUGGGAGCGGUGGCUCAGUCUCUUGCGAGAGGCGCAGGAAGAGGACCCAGAGAGAGCAUUGUGUCUACCUGGAGAUUUCCUGCAGUGAUGGAGCGGCUGAGAGCCCUUCGAGGUGAGGUCCCUCCACCUCUCUGGACACCAUGAUGCUGCCCGAGCACGUGUGCCACCAACGCCUGUUUAGGGCAUGCCAUUAGCACUGUCCUUGCUCUGCUGAGUGCAGCCGCCCACCGUGGUUUCCCCGGUAUCUCAGCAAGGGGAAGGCUCUCUCCCCUCUCCGUGCCGACCACACAUGUGCCGGCACAGCCCACCCCACGCUGUGGGAGGGGCUGGGUUCCUCCCUGAGCUGGCCGGAUGCUCGGCCCUGGCUCCAAGCAACACCAGUGGCAGCUGCUCUGCUCUUUCCUUCCAGGUCUCUUUGCCUGUGUGGGCUGCGUGCCCAGAGGUACACGUCGCAGGGCCAGAGGCAGGGUGGCAAGCCCUGUCCCCCCCUGUGCCGUGACUUUGCUGCUGCAGCGCCUGCAAGACAAGGAGGGUGACCGAGCGCAGGCGUACUGCGAGCUGGAGCACGUCCUGCGGGAAGGUGACAGCCGCCCGCCGUGCGGAGUGGUGAACCGGCUGCUGGCUGAGGUGUCCCAGGACCUGACGGCAGCCCAGGGCGUGCCGGACAGCGUGAGGAUGGCUGCCAGCGAUGUCCUGGUGGCUCUGGCCCGGACUCACUUCAGCUUGGUGAUGGCCGAGCUCCAGGGCCACCUGAAGGCCGUGGGGGAGAUGUCCAAGGAGUUUGUGCUCCUCACCCUGAGCAAACUGUUCACCAGCUACGCUCCACAGUGCAUCCCCUUCGUGUGGCUGAUGCUGGCUGGCCUGCGCAGUGUGGUGGGCUGGGUGAGAGGCGGCCGGACCCUGCGCAUUGCUUGUGCUGGUGAGUGCCGGCCCAGAGCAGGAGGGGCUUGGGGCAGUCCUUGCACCUCGCCCUGCUGCAGAUUCUCACAGGUUCCCUUUUCUCUCAAUCUCUCAUCCUUUUUUUUUUCCUUCUUUUUUUUUUUUUUCCAAUUUUAUUUUUUUUAAUGAAUUAUUCAUUUGUUUUUUGUUUUGUUUUUUUUUUCAGUUGUGAAACAGUGGCUGGAAGGAGUCAAGGUUCACUUGUGCUCUGGAAAGCAAUG